AUGGCCACCAUACUUCUCAACAUAAACUCCAUCAUCAUCGUUACCGCAAUCGUUCAAGUCCUCCAAGCCAUCCUCACGAUAUGCCUGGAUUCCGACGUGUUUGGCCCCUUGGCGCCACGAAGCCGCAUGCAGCGGCUGAUCCGCGCGAGCAAAAAUGAAAAGGACGCUGCAUACCGCGGCGUCGCGGAUCUCCUCGGGGAGCCCAACCAAGACGUGGAAUUUGUGACUUCGGACGCAGGCACCAAAAUACGCCUUCUAUCGAGGUUCGGGGGCUGCAGCAACGUCACCGAGGUGUGGCCCAAGAACGGGCAGGAACUCGAGUUGGCGCGCGCGUAUAGCUUGGCGAGGAUGGAUAAGCGGUUGGUUGGGUUGGCGAUUAGGCGUGCGACGCUGUUGAUGGUGGCGGCUGUGGUGCUGGUGGGUGUGGUUGUGAAGCCUGAGAUGUUUUUGGUUGCGGUCAAGGAUGUGAGGGAGGUGGCGGGGUGUAGGGUGUAG